AUGCGCUCGAAUUCUGCUGACUCGGACCGCGUCAAUACGAUGCAACUGGACACUAUCGUACCCGAGAGUGCGCAGGCGCAGUCCCAACCAGUUCAGCGACCGGUGCAGCGCCGCCCGCGGACCGGCAGUCGCUUGACAGUGCCCUCCAGAUCCGGUAGCAAGGAAGCGGUACGCCCGGCACCUCCACCACGGCACGAGCAAGCAGUUCCGGCACGCCCUGACAUCCGAGUCGAGUACAGCAAAACCUGGCAAACAGCGCUGGCGGUGCUGAUGGAGGGUCGCAAGGAGAAGUGCAAGGUUUACAACCGCCACAACCGGCUGGUGUCGCUGACGGGGGAGCUCGAGCAGCGCGACUUCCCACUGAAGGUGGUUUUCUUGGAGGAGGUGGCUUCUAUCGUCUACUGCUCCAACUGGGAGAUUAUCCUCGAGAGCUUCCUGGAAAGCAGUGACCUGGAGGAUUACAUCAUUCUGGACCGCAGCAACAACGAGUUUCUUCUGGACUCCGCGCCCGAGCGGGAGACCAGCCGGCAGCACAAAGUGCUGGACAGUAGGCGCACGCCUGGACUUCAAGCCGAUGGUGGUGUCUGCGCGCGCCUGCUUCUGGUGUCUGCGUUUGCUGCAGUUCUCACAGAGCUAGCGGACCGACUCAAUCUCGGCCACUCUGUAUCGAUGCGGCUCAUUGUGCCGCUCGAUGCGAGCCCAGCGCCCAUGAAGUCACAGGGCACACUGGCCAAGAUUGAAGACGACCUCUUCGAAAUCCUCCAUGGGGAUGAGGCCAGCUUCACAGGUGCCCGCAACUUGAUCCACUCCAUAUUUGAGCAGGCCCAUGCUGAUAUUGAGGGCAACCUCAUCACGGCCCAAGUGCGUCCGCAGGAGAAGCUCGAAUUCCGGGCAGUGGGCCUUGAUGUGCUGUCGGCGAAGGGUCUCCCCGAAGUCCUCGUCAGAGCAGUGGAUCUGAACCUGGGCAGCGAUGGCAUCGUAGUGACACCUUUCGAGCGCCUCUACAAACUGGAUGACGAGGUGCUCUGGACACGGUUGCAGCUCUGGAUCAGCGAGGAAACGCGCUGCACUUCUACGAGGUGGACGACUUCUCGGAGCGUGUUUUGGCAG